UUGACAGGGAGCGGAGCCUCAGGUGAGUCAGUUACAGUCAGGUAUCAGAUCAGGACAAACAGAUUCUGACUCCAUUUAGCAGCAGAACAGAACAAAGAGAAGACUCUGGAUCAGGAGAUAAAAUGGAGGAGCCUCUGGGAGAGAAGCAGCAGAAUUUAGAGAAAACACUUCUCAAUGUUCGUGAAGAGUUUGUGAGGAGGGUUACUGAGCCAGUCCUGAAACAGCUCCUUGACUCCCUUGAAGCUGAUGGUGUCUUAAAUAAUUUGGAGAAAGAGGAGAUACUUGAAAAGAACCAAACCAGAGCAGACAAGGCCCGCUCCACCAUAGAUGCUGUGAGGAACAAAGGAAACAACUCCUGCAAAAUGAUGAUCCAACAUCUUCAGCUAAAAGAUCCUAAACUGUCCAAGGAGCUGGGUUUGCCCUUUUCCUUAUCUGCUCAGCCAGGUGUUUUUGGUCAGUGUCAACGAGACCUUAAAGAGUUUCUGAAGAAGAAGUUCCAAUAUCUGAAUGAAAGCAUUCCUAAAGCUGGAAAAAAAACCUUUCUGGAUCAGAUCUACACAGAGCUCUACAUCACAGAGGGAAGAAGUACAGAGGUCAAUGAUGAACAUGAGAUCAGACAGAUUGAAACAGCAUCCAAGAAAACCAGUGAACCAGGAACAACAAUUAGACGAGAAAACAUCUUUGAACUCCCACCUGAAAGAAAAGAUCCAAUCAGAACAGUGAUGACAAUGGGCGUGGCUGGCAUUGGGAAAACAGUCUUAACACAGAAGUUCAUUCUGGACUGGGCUGAAGACAAAACCAACCAGGACAUCCAGUUCAUAUUUCCAUUUACCUUCAGACAGCUCAAUGCACUGAAAAAAGAGUUCAGCUUGGUGGAACUUGUUCAUCACUUCUUCACUGAGACCAAAGAAAUCUGCAGCUUUGAACAGUUCAAAGUUGUCUUCAUCCUUGAUGGUCUGGAUGAGAGUCGACUUCCUCUGGACUUCUACAACAAUAUGACUGUGAGAGAUGUCACAGAGCCCACCUCAGUAGAUGUUCUGCUGACAAACCUUAUCAGUGGUGAUCUGCUUCCCUCUGCUCUCCUGUGGAUAACCACGAGACCUGCAGCAGCCGGUAAGAUCCCAAAGCAGUUCAUUGACCUGGAGACAGAGAUCAGAGGGUUCACUGACCCACAGAAGGAGGAGUACUUCAGGAGGAGAUUUGAUAAAGAUGAGGAAAAGGCCAGCAGGAUCAUCUCCCACAUCAAGACAUCACGAAGCCUCUUCAUCAUGUGCCACAUCCCAGUCUUCUGCUGGAUCACUGCUAAUGUUCUGGAGUAUGAGUUAAAGAUCAGAGACCAAGGAGAGCUGCCAAAGACCCUGACUGAGAUGUACAUCCGCUUCCUGGAGACUCAGGUCAAACUUAAAAAGAUCAAGUAUGAAGGAGGACCUGAGCUAAAAACACUCUGGAUUCCAGAGAACAUAGAAAAGGUUCUGCCUCUUGGAAAACUGGCUUUUGAGCAGCUUCUGAAAGGAAACCUGAUCUUCUAUAAAUCAGACCUGAAAGAGUGUGGCAUUGAUGUCAAAGAUGCUCUGCUGUAUUUAGGGUUCUUCACUGAGAUAUUUACUGAGGAGAAAGGGAUGGACGGUGACUCGGUCUAUUCCUUCGUUCAUCUGAGCAUUCAGGAGUUUCUGGCUGCAGUCUACAUGUUCCACUGCUUCACCAGCAGGAACACAGAAGUGAUGAAGAACUUCCUGGGAAAAGGAAAGAAUUAUUCAUCUCUGCAUGAGUUCCUGAAAAGAAUCAUGGACAAAUCCCUCAAAAGUAAAAAUGGCCACCUGGACCUGUUUGCUCGCUUCCUUCAUGGCCUCUCUGUGGAGUCCAACCAGAGACUCUUAGGAGACCUGCUGGGUCAGACAGAGAACAGUCCAGGAACCAUCCAGAGAGUCAUCAACAACCUGAAGAAGAUGAACACUGAUAAAAUCUCUCCUGACAGAAGCAUCAACAUCUUCCACUGUCUGAUGGAGAUGAAGGACCUCUCAGUUUAUCAGGAGAUCCAACAGUUCCUGAAAUCAGAGAACAGAUCAGAGAAAAUCUCUUUGUUCCAGUGUUCAGCUCUGGCCUACAUGCUGCAGAUGUCAGAGGAGGUUCUGGAUGAAUUGGACCUGGAGAAGUACAACACAUCAGAAGCAGGACGCCGGAGACUGGUUCCAGCUGUGAGGAACAGCAGAAAGGCUCGACUAGUUCGUUGUAGGCUCUACCAGACUGACUGUGAAGUUGUGGCCUCAGCUCUGAAGUCCAACCCCUCCCUUACUGACCUGGAAAUAGAUCAGAUCUAUGGAGGAGGGAGAACCUUUGGAGACUCUGAGAUGAAGCGUCUCUGUGAGAUCCUGGAGACUCCAUUCUGUAAAGUAAAGAAGCUGACAUUGGAGGAAUGCAGUUUGUCAGAGAUCAGCUGUGAUCAUCUGGGUUCUGCUCUGAAGUCCAACCCGUCCCAUCUGACAGAACUGGACCUGAGCUACAACAACCUGAAAGAUUGUGGAGUGAAGGAGCUCUGUGGUUUCCUCCAGACUCCCCUCUGCACACUACAGAAAUUGAUAUUGAUGAGCUGCAGUUUGUCAAAGAUCAGCUGUGAUUAUCUGGUAUCGGCGCUAAAGUCCAACCCGUCCCAUCUGACAGAACUGGACCUGAGAGGAAACAACCUGAAGGAGUCAGAUGUUCAGCAGCUGGAGGAUCUUGUAAAGAGUCCAGACUACAAACUGAAAACUCUGGUGUGGAGGAGAUGAUCUUAGUAGAGGAGAGAAGCUUAGCUGUCCUGAUGAUCCAGAGGUUGAAGCUGCAGCAGUUUGACUUUAAAGAGACUCUGACUGGAUCCUGAUGAUGAACUCUGACCUUAGAGAUGUUGAUCCU